AUGCAUAUCAACGCAUACAGUGACACCAGAUACCAUGCCACAAGAAAGGCCCCGAAACCGCCCAGCGCGAAGCCAGACAUAGAAUCCCAGAAAGAAGAGCCGAAGACCAAGCCGAGAAGCCUGUGCCACAGAGUCGAUACCACUGGUGUCCUAACGAUAUUCCUUGGUCCUCCCAUCCUGUUAUUGGCAGUCACCUUUCUCAUUCUCUUCUGGUGGGAGUCCCUAAGAGCCCUCGACGGAGGAGACCCCGAGGCCUACUGGUUCCGUAUCGUCAACGCAGACUGGGCUACUCGACUAGUCACGAUUUGCACCACCACCAUCCGCGCUGUGAUGGUAUUCCAGGCUGGCCUCGUCACGGCAAUGGUCGCAGCAAUCACCCUAGAGACAAAGGGUAUACCCCUCCUCCAGGCACCAUUGUAUUCCAUAAUGCGGGCGGUCAAGGUGGCACCCAGCAACCUAUUCACAGCAACAGAUUUCCAACCUCAUCUUCCGCCAUUCAUCUAUGCCAUUGUCCUUGUCGAAGUGCUGGUGACCGCUGCAUCGCAGUUUCUCUCCACAAUCUACUUGACCGACUUCGCCGAUAGUGCCUUUGUACAGGGCAACAACUCGACAAAUGUCAGUGUUAUCGAUACCAACUUCGAUACUGCCAGUGGUUGGUGGUCAAUGCCGCCCGCGGCGAGCUGGACAUUUGGCGAGCUAUCGGAGUCCUUCAAAGAGGGUCGAAAUUAUCAUGACACUGGACACACUUUCCGGGCUUUCCUCCCCUUCGAUGAGGAGAUGCAACGGACCAAGCUACACAGGUACAGUGGCCCACUGCCAAUCAUGGAUCAUCGGGUCCUGUGCGCAACGUGUGUAACCAAUGUGGCCACUCAGUCGAUCGCAGUUGGGUUGAACAGCUCCCGGGACAACACCGAGCCGAAGAUAACAUGGGACCCGCUCACUCAAAGCUUCAAUACCGAGACCACUCGCCGCCAGCUCGGCGCAUCGCGAAACCGAGAAAACACCACGGACCGGGGAGUACUGGCCCUCGAACCUCGUUCCCAGUGGGGAGCCAGUCUGAAACUCAAAGACACAAAUGAUGGGACCGAUGACCUGUCCUAUUUCUUCUUGGCAAUGGUCGCAGCCUUGCCCACGCUGGCUAUAGCAGACGAUAGCAUAUCACUCAGCGCAGGCGUGCUUCUUUCGCGGGUAAAUGCGGGUUUCUACUCGGGAAACGCACAUUAUAUUCACGUGGAUAUGUUCCAAGACACAUUGAAUGCGACCGCGAGUCCCGCUGUGGCCGUCCAGGUCCUUUUCGCGAGGAUCUAUCAGAUGAUGUACUACGAGCAACUGGCGAAGUUCAAAGCUACCGCAGCAGCGUCGACAGCGUACUCGAUCACUUCAUCCAUCCCGUCGCAGUGGACCGGCCUGAUGAUCGGGACGGGGCUUAUCGCGGUCCACAUGGUUAUUGUCACAGUCGUCGCCAUCCAGUUCCUGAGAUACACCGACUACUCCAUCAUCGGAAAUUAUUGGCAGACCGUCUCCCAGGUCGCUUCAGAAGAGACGCGUACCAUACUCAAACAGGCGGAUCGGAUGAAUGAUGAGGAAGUCAAGCGGUGGACCAAGCGCCAACUCCGAAAUGUUAAUAUUCGUCGCGUUCUGCGACAUCAGCGUGAUGGACGGAUUACCCUAGGUAUCUCAGCCACCGAAAGCAAAACUUGA